AUGGAGGCCCAGUCCCAGAGCUCGACGACCACUGAGAAAAAGAAAGUGGAGAAUUCCAUAGUGAAAUGCCCCACUCGGCCAGAUGUCAGUGAGAAAGCCGUGGCCUCCAGCACCACUUCCAAUGAGGAUGAAAGUCCUGGACAGCCCUAUCACAGAGAGAGAAGAAACGCAGUCGCUAUGCAGCCACAGAUUGCCCCGGGGCUCGGCAAGAUCAGCGAGGAGCCUUCCACAUCCAGCGACGAGAGGGCCUCGCUGAUCAAGAAGGAGAUCCAUGGGUCCCUGCCCCACCUGGCCGAGCCCUCCGUCCCCUACCGCGGGGCUGUGUUUGCCAUGGACCCCAGGAAUGGCUACAUGGACCCUCACUACCACCCUCCUCAUCUCUUUCCUGCAUUCCAUCCUCCUGUACCAAUUGACGCCAGACACCACGAGGGCCGUUACCAUUAUGAUCCAUCUCCGAUCCCUCCGUUGCAUGUGCCUUCUGCCUUAUCUAGUAGCCCCACGUAUUCUGACCUGCCCUUCAUCAGGAUCUCCCCACAUCGGAACCCUGCUGCAGCUUCCGAGUCCCCCUUCAGCCCCCCGCAUCCCUACAUCAACCCCUACAUGGACUACAUCCGGUCCCUGCACAGUAGCCCAUCGCUCUCCAUGAUCUCGGCCGCUCGUGGGCUGAGCCCCACAGAUGCCCCCCACGCCGGAGUCAGCCCAGCAGAAUACUAUCAUCAGAUGGCUCUGUUAGCUGGCCAGCGAAGUCCCUAUGCAGAUAUCAUUCCUUCUGCUGCCACCGCCGGCGCAGGGGCCAUCCACAUGGAGUAUCUUCACGCCAUGGAUAGCACCAGAUUCCCCAGCCCCAGGCUGUCAGCCCGGCCGAGCCGGAAACGCACACUGUCCAUAUCGCCACUGUCCGAUCACAGCUUUGACCUGCAGACCAUGAUAAGGACGUCUCCCAACUCCUUGGUCACGAUUCUCAAUAACUCCCGCAGCAGCUCUUCAGCAAGUGGCUCCUACGGCCACUUAUCUGCAAGUGCCAUCAGCCCUGCCCUGAGCUUCACCUACCCUUCGGCGCCUGUGUCCCUCCACAUGCAUCAGCAGAUCCUAAGCCGACAGCAGGGCUUAGGCUCAGCCUUUGGACACAGCCCUCCGCUCAUCCACCCCGCCCCAACUUUCCCAACCCAGAGGCCUAUUCCCGGGAUCCCUACAGUUCUGAACCCCGUUCAGGUCAGCUCCGGCCCUUCCGAGUCCUCACAGAACAAGCCCACGAGUGAGUCUGCGGUGAGCAGUACAGGAGACCUGGUGCACAACAAACGCUCCAAGAUCAAACCAGAUGAAGACCUCCCCAGCCCAGGGCCGCGGGGCCAGCAGGAACAGCCAGAAGGGACAACCCUGGUGAAGGAGGAAGGGGACAAAGAUGAAAGCAAACAGGAGCCUGAAGUCAUCUACGAGACAAACUGCCACUGGGAAGGCUGUUCUCGAGAGUUCGACACCCAGGAGCAGCUGGUGCAUCAUAUAAAUAAUGACCACAUCCAUGGAGAGAAGAAGGAAUUUGUGUGCCGGUGGCUAGACUGCUCGAGAGAACAGAAGCCCUUCAAAGCCCAGUAUAUGUUGGUGGUGCACAUGCGCAGGCAUACGGGGGAGAAGCCUCACAAAUGCACUUUUGAAGGUUGCACAAAGGCCUACUCGAGACUCGAAAACUUGAAAACACACUUGAGAUCUCACACUGGAGAGAAACCGUACGUCUGUGAGCACGAAGGAUGCAACAAGGCUUUCUCUAAUGCCUCCGAUCGCGCCAAGCACCAGAACAGAACACAUUCCAAUGAGAAACCAUAUGUGUGCAAAAUCCCCGGCUGCACCAAGCGCUACACAGACCCCAGCUCCCUCCGGAAACACGUGAAGACUGUACAUGGCCCAGAGGCUCAUGUCACGAAGAAGCAGCGUGGGGACGUGCAUCCCCGGCCCCCGCCCCCGCGAGAUUCCGGCGGCCACUCGCAGUCUAGGUCACCUGGCCGGCAGACUCAGGGAGCCCUCGGGGAGCAGAAGGACCUCAGCAACACUACCUCAAAGCGGGAAGAAUGCCUCCAAGUGAAAACGGUCAAGGCGGAGAAGCCCAUGACAUCUCAGCCAAGCCCUGGUGGUCAGUCUUCAUGCAGCAGCCAACAGUCCCCCAUCAGCAACUAUUCCAACAGCGGGCUCGAGCUUCCUCUGACCGAUGGAGGUGGUGUGGGCGAGCUCAGUGCCAUUGAUGAAACCCCAAUCAUGGACUCGACCAUUUCCACUGCAACCACAGCCCUCGCUUUGCAAGCCCGGAGGAACCCAGCAGGGACCAAAUGGAUGGAGCACGUCAAACUAGAAAGGCUCAAACAAGUGAAUGGAAUGCUUCCACGACUGAACCCCAUUCUACCCCCUAAAGCCCCUGCAGUCUCUCCUCUCAUAGGAAAUGGCACGCAGCCCAGUACCAGCUGCAGUCUGGGCGGGCCCAUGCCGCUCCUCCCGAACAGAAGCGACCUGUCUGGGGUAGACAUCACCAUGCUGAACAUGCUCAACCGGAGGGACAGCAGCACCAGCACCGUCAGCUCCGCCUACCUGAGCAGCCGCCGCUCCUCCGGCAUCUCCCCGUGCUUCUCCAGCCGCCGGUCCAGCGAAGCGUCCCAGGCUGAGGGGCGACCCCAGAACGUGAGCGUGGCCGACUCUUACGACCCCAUCUCCACCGACGCCUCUCGCAGGUCCAGCGAGGCCAGCCAGGGCGACGGUCUGCCCAGCCUGCUCAGCCUCACUCCCGCCCAGCAGUACCGCCUGAAAGCCAAGUACGCCGCCGCCACAGGUGGCCCCCCGCCCACCCCGCUGCCCAACAUGGAGAGGAUGAGCCUCAAGACCCGGAUGGCCCUGCUGGGAGACGGCAGGGAGCCGACGGGGACCCUGCCUCCCGUGCAUCCUCCCCGCAGAUGCAGCGACGGCGGGGCCCAUGGUUACAGCCGGCGCCCACUGCUGCCCCAGGAUGCGCUGGGCAACAGCAUGAGAAGAGCCAGCGACCCGGUGAGGACGGUAUCUGAGAGCCUCUCUCUGUCCCGGGUGCAGCGGUUCAACAGCCUUAACAGCUUCAACCCUCCGGUGUUGCCUCCAUCCCAGGAAAAGCGCAACCUCGUGCUUCAGAACUACACGCGGCCCGAUGGGGGCCAGGCCCGCCACUUCCACUCCUCUCCCUGUCCCCCAAGCAUCACUGAGAAUGUCACCCUGGAGUCCCUGACCAUGGAUGCCGACGUGAGCCUGAACGAUGAGGACCUCCUGCCCGAUGACGUGGUGCAGUAUUUAAAUUCCCAGAACCCAGCCGGGUAUGAGCAGCACUUCCCAGGCACCUUCUCUGAUGACAGCAAAGUGCCCCACGGCUUGGGGAGUGGACCCGGGGACUUUGACCCACUGGGGCUUCCCGACAGCCAUGCCAGCCACACCGGCAGCCAGCAGUACCGCGGGCUGGAGCAGCCCUGCCCCGAUGCCAGUAAAUCUGACCUGCCCAUUCAGUGGAAUGAAGUCAGCUCGGGCAGCGCCGACCUGUCCUCCUCCAAGCUGAAAUGCGGCCAGCGGUCCAUGGGGCAGCAGUCCCGGGCCUUCGGGUCGUACAGCCACAUGGGUGUUCACCCACAAAAUCCCCUGAGGAGUGGGGCUGGCCCAGCUGGGGGGUAUCCGACCCUCGGGGAGCAUGCCAGCUCCUUCGGGGGCCCGGAACACUUACUGAGCCACGGUGGCGGAGCUGGCACCAACGGGAAUGCCUUCCACGAACCACCCUAUAAGGCCCAGCAGUAUGGGAACUGCCUUGCCAGGCAGCCUGGUGCCCCCAGCUUACUCGAUGGGGCCUGUGGCCCCGGGAUCCAGGCGGCAAAGCUGAGAAGCAUCACCAUGCAAGGGAGCGGGAGCCAUCUGGAUUUUGGCCUGUCGGUGGCCCCGAAUGAGUCAGCAGGCAACACGCUGAAUGGCAUGCCCACCCCAGACCCCACAGGGCAGGGGUACCUGGCGCAGCAGCUCCUCGGUGACAGCACACACCCCCAGGGGGCAGGCCGCUCCGGGCAGAACCUGCUGGGGCAGGCUAGCGCUACCUCACACAUUUAUCAAGGGCCGGAGAGCAGCCUGCCCGGGCCUCCCAGCAUCAGCGUGCAGCCGCCAAGCGUGGCAGCCGUCAGGGGCUACCAGCCAUGUGCUGGCUACGGGGGCAGCCGGCGCCAGGCUGGGCCAAGGGGUGGUCUCGCUCUGCAUCCGGGACAGCUCAGUGACCCGAGUCAGACCUGCAGGGUGAAUGGCAUCAAGAUGGAGAUGCCAGGACAGCCCCAUCAGCUCUGUUCAAAUGUGCAGAGUUACUCUGGUCAGUUCUAUGACCAAACCGUUGGCUUCGGUCAGCAAGACAUGAAAACUGGUUCCUUCUCCAUGUCGGAAGCCAACUGCCUGCUCCAGGGGGCCGGCGCUGAAAACUCUGAAUUACUCUCCCCAGGUGCUAACCAGGUGACAAGCACGGUUGACAGCCUCGACAGCCAUGACCUGGAAGGGGUGCAGAUUGAUUUCGACGCUAUCAUAGACGACGGGGAUCAUGCCAGCCUGAUGUCAGGAGCCCUGAGCCCAAGCAUCAUUCAAAACCUUUCUCAUAGCUCCUCCCGACUCACCACGCCGCGAGCCGCCCUCCCGUUCCCGCCUCUGUCUUUGAGCACCACCAACAUGGCAAUCGGGGACAUGAGCUCUCUGCUGACCUCCCUCGCGGAAGAAAGCAAAUUCCUUGCGGUUAUGCAGUAA